GAGGAGGGGGGAGAGACAGGAGGAGGAGAGAGACACAGGAGGAGGAGGAGGGGGGAGAGACAGGAGGAGGAGGUGGGGGAGAGACAGGAGGAGGAGGAGGUUCUGAGACGCAGGGGAAACGUCAAGGAUCGUGGAGCAAAACGUUGGAUUUGUCAACUCGGAGCGCAUCUCCUCGACAGAGGCUGCAACGUCUCUCCGCCACCCACCGCCCUCACCUCCUCACCCACCGCGCUCACCUCCUCACUCCUCGCCCUCACCUGUGCGGUUCUCCUGCCACACGCCGGGAUGCGGCGCGGGUCCUUGCUCCUCGGCUUGGCCGUCGGACUCCUCGCCGCUGCCGCCUGCCUGUGCGGCGGUGCGUCCCUGGAGGAGACGGAGCGGGCGCGAGCGCGAUGGCGGCGGGAGGAACGCGACACGCUGCAGGACGACGAGGACAUGCUCAUGGACGCCUCCGGAGACGACUCGAGUGGGGAAGGAAGUGGUGACGAAAAGACAUCAAUGCCAGUUGUGUACCGCGUGAACAUCAACUUCACGAGCUCGAUUGCGUAUGACGAGCGCAUGGAGAACUACGAGUCGGAGGAGUUCCAGGAGGUGUCCCGGGCCGUCAUCGACGCCCUGGAGUCCGAGUUCGCGAACGUCGCGGGGGAGCAAAUCGUGACGGUCGUGCUCAUCCGGCUGGUGUUUGGUCACGUGAUGGUGGACGUGGACGUGCAGUCGGAGGGCAACGCGGACGAGGCGCAGGUGGCGGCCGUGCUGUGGCGCGCCGUGCGUGCCGGCGACGUCGCCAACUACCGCGUCUCCACGCAGGGCUACAGCUUCCGGCGCAUCGGUCAUGACGACGAACCGACCCUGCCUCCGUCCGACACCCCGUGGACCCCCACGGAGGCCCCGCGUGCGUGUGGGCCGGAGGAGUUUGCAUGCGGCUCGGGUGAGUGCAUCCCCCUCGACUACGCGUGUGACCGCCGCAUGGACUGCGAGGAUGACUCGGACGAGAGCAACUGUGCCAUCACGGCAGAGCCCACCCCCCCUCCCGCCGUCGUGCUGCCCCCGGCUGUUGUACCCGGCCUUCCCGAGCACCCUCCUAGCCGGCCCGUCGUCAGGCCCGUCGUCACGCCCCCUCCGCCGCCGUCGCCGCCGACGCCGCCGCCUCCGCCGCCUCCGCCGCUGACGCCUCCACCGCCUCCGCCGCCGACGCGCCCCCAGGUCCCCCACACCGCGGCACCCGUGCCGCCCCCCUCGGUCGCUCGCCCGUGCCGCGUCGAGGAGGCGGUUUGCGGCAAUGGGCAGUGCGUUCCGCGGGACUACCUGUGCGACGGGGAGAAGGACUGCACCGACGGGAGCGACGAGAUGGCCUGCGCCACCGCCUCCCCGUGCGAACCCAACGAGUUCCGGUGCCAGAACGGACGCUGCGCGCUCAAGCUGUGGCGCUGCGACGGAGACAACGACUGUGGGGACAACUCGGACGAGGACGUCUGCCCGACGCGGGGCCCGUAUGACCGCUGUGCCCCGGAGCAGUUCUCGUGCGCGUCGCGCGACCAGUGCAUCCCGGCGAGCUACCAGUGCGACGAGGAGCGCGACUGCCGCGACGGCUCCGACGAGAACGACUGCCGCCCCCCGCAGGUGGUGACGCCGCCGGCGGACAUGGUGAUGGUGUCGCGGGGGGACUCGGUGACGCUCACCUGCGAGGCCGUGGGGGUGCCCACGCCGCUCAUCACCUGGAGGCUCAACUGGGGGCACGUGCCCGCCAGCAGCCGGGUGUCGAUGAGCUCGGAGAACGGGCAGGGCGUGCUGGUGCUGCGUGACGUCAAAGACUCGGACCAGGGCGCCUACACGUGCGAGGCCAUCAACGCCAAGGGCAUGAUCUUCGGCAUCCCCGACGCCGUGCUCGUCGUCAAGGGCGACACCGGCCCGUGCGGGGAGGGCCAGUACAACUCGGUGGCGAGGGAGCGUGCCGAGUGUCUCCGCUGCUUCUGCUUCGGCGUCACCAACGCCUGCGAGAGCACGCGGCGCCACCGCUCGCAGAUCACGCUGCGCUUCACCGAGCCCGACGACCAGAAGGGGGUGAACGUGACGAUGCGGAGCUCCAUGUCCCAGCCGCUGCUCGCCGCCACGCAGAUCAUGGUGGACGGAGAGAGCGGCUACUUCCAGCUCGUCGACCUCUCUCGACAUUUCCGCACCGUCGAGUCCUUCUGGGAGCUGCCCGGCCAGUUCCUGGGCAACAAGAUUGGCUCGUACGGCGGCUCCCUGCGCUUCAAGAUCCGCUACAGCGUGGGGCGCGUGAACCAGCUGAGCGUGCCGUCGCGGCCCGACGUGCUUCUCAAGGGGGGCGGCCGCACGCUCGCGUACCGCCCCCGCAGCGCCACGCAGGCGGGGGCCCACAACGACCUCUCCAUCCUCUUCAUCGAGGAGAACUGGCAGCACGAGGGCAGCGGUCGCGCCGUCACGCGGGAGGAGCUGCUCAUGACGCUCGUGAACCUGGAGGGGAUCCUCAUCAAGACCGUGUACGAUGACAAGAUGGUGAGCGUGGGCCUGGCCGACAUCGCCAUGGACACGGCCAUCACCACCACCACGAGCCUGGGCCCCGCAUACGCCGUCGAGGAGUGCAGGUGCCCCCCGGGCUACACGGGCCUAUCGUGCGAGCAGUGCGCUCCGGGAUUUUCGCGGGUCCACUCCGGCCUUUACCUGGGAACCUGCGCCGGCUGCAGCUGCCACGGCCACGCGACCGCGUGUGACGAGCGCACGGGCGAGUGUCUGAGCUGCCAGCACAACACGGAGGGGGCGCGCUGCGAUCGUUGCCGGGCGGGCUUCGUGGGGGACCCCACGCGCGGGACCCCCACCGACUGCCAGCCGUGCCCCUGCCCCUUCACGGGGCCCCCCAACCGGUUCUCCCAGACGUGCUUCCUGGACAGCGACGGGCGCCCGACGUGCGACGCCUGCGCCCCGGGAUACGUGGGGAGGCGCUGCGACCGCUGCGCGCCCGGCUACGAGGGAAACCCGACGUCGCACGGGGGGACCUGCCAGAGGGAGGAGGGUCAUUGUGACCGCCGGGGCAGCCUCUCUCUGCAGCCCAUCGGAGGGCAGUGUCUUUGCAAGCCGCACGUGGUAGGAUCCCGCUGUGACGAGUGUGAGGCCGGAGCGUUCCAUCUGAGUGACACGGGGCCCAACGGCUGCCUCAGCUGCUUCUGCAUGGGCCUCACGCGGCAAUGCACCAGCUCCUCCUGGAGCCGCGACGUGGUGCGAGCGGACUUCUCGGCGAGGGAGCAGCCCCUGUACCAGCUGACGGAGCUGGCCAGCGGGCGCACCUUCCGCGACGAGCUGGUGUUCCGCGGCGACGCCAUCUUCGUCUACAGCUUCAACACGCUGCCCGCGACGCCGCUCUACUGGGCGCUGCCCGACCGCUUCCGCGGGGACAAGGUGACGGCGUACGGAGGGGAGCUGCGCGUCACCGUGCGCUACGAGGCGUCCCCCGGCGCGACGGCGCACGCCGCGCCGUCGCUGGCGGACGUGCUGCUGCAGGGCAACGACAUCUCGCUGGAGCACCGCCUCAACGCACCGCCGCAGCCUGGGGCCUCCACGCCGCUACGCAUCCCCAUGCGGGAGUCAUCAUGGCGACGGGCGGACGGGCAGCCCUGCUCGCGCGAGCACCUGCUCAUGGCGCUCGCAGAUGUCGCCGUCCUGCUCGUCCGGGCCACCUACACCGACAACACGCGCCAGGCUAGCAUCAAGGACAUGACCCUGGACGUCGCUGUUCCCAUGGAGACGGGGCUGGGCCGUGCCUACGAGGUGGAGGAGUGCAUCUGCCCCACCGGCUACCGCGGAACUUCCUGUCAGGACUGCGCUUUUGGCUUUACGCGCUCCGAGGUCGGCCUGUACCUGGGCAUGUGCGUGCGCUGCGACUGCCAGGGCCACUCCAACGACUGUGACGCGCAGUCUGGCCUCUGCCUGAGCUGCCAGCACAACACUGACGGGCCCCGGUGCGACCGCUGCAAGCCGGGCUUCUACGGAGACCCUUCCACGGGGGGCCCCGACGCCUGCAGACCCUGCCCCUGCCCCCCCAUCGGACAGAGCCCGGGGUCGUGCUACCGAGACUCGGACGGGCAGGCAACCUGCACCACUUGCCCACCAGGGCACACCGGCCGCUUCUGUGACAGGUGUGCGGAGGGAUAUUCUGGAAAUCCCCAAGCUGGCCAGCCCUGCACAGAGGGAUGCCACUGCGACCCCCGUGGCAGCGCCGGAGAUCAGUGCGACAGCCACAGGGGCUGCCAGUGCAAGGUGAACGUGGAGGGCCGUACGUGCGACACGUGCCGCCCCGGCACGUUCCACCUCCACGCCGACAACCCCGACGGCUGCCUCGCCUGCUUCUGCAUGGGCGUCACUGGGCAGUGCGCCAGCUCCGGCUACUACCGCCACACGAUCACGAUGGGGCUGCAGCCCGGGGGCGAGCACGGCUUUGCGCUGGUGAACCGUGCCCGCACCGCCGUCGUCACCGACGGGCUGCUGCUGGAGCGCGUGGCCCCGGGGCGCGUCACCGCUCCCGCCUUCGGCCAGCUGGCGCCGCACACGCACUACUGGCGGCUGCCGCCCGUCUUCACGUCCGACAAGAGGGAGAGAGAGUUUGCCCGCAUUCGCCGAGCUCACAAGAAGGAGAUGGCGACAAUGACCGAAGACGAGCUGCGCCGUGACGCCUCCGCGUGGCAGCACCUGGCCUCCUUCGUGGCACCUUCCAGGGUCAAAAGGUCACAGGGCUCGGACAUGACCGAUGAGCAGCUUCGGAUCGACUCCGACGUGUGGAGCCUCUUCCCGUCAUUCUUCCGGCCGCACCAUCCCGCGGCCGAGAGCCCCCUCCCCGGGGCUCCCGGCCUCGCCAACGCCCUUCCCGAGGCCCUCCCCGACGAUGCCAACCCCAACACGAUCCCCAACGAGCCACCCGGCGCUCCCCCGCACCGGCACGCCCAGGGGGGCGGCCGUCGCGGCGGGAACGGCGGCGGCGGCGGCAAUGGCGCCGCAUUCGAGGAUAAUAAUUUCCGCGAUCUUUUCCCGGUUUUCUCGGACGCCGGCUCCGGUUGGCCGGAGGAUUUCCCGGCUCGGCGUGGACGGGAGUCGGGGGGCAGGGCGCCCCCCCCUCCCCCACGCAGGAUCCCCCUUAUUCUGCCGCCCCCCUUCCCGACGCCACCGCCCCCGUGGCGCUCGUCGUGGUCGUCGUCGUCCGGUUCCCCCGUGUCAACCAACAGUCGUCGCACGCAGCUGCAGAGCAAGACGCACGUGGGGCAGUUUCCCUCCCUCCUGGAGGCGGUCCCCCACUUCGACCCCCUGACCUCUCGGGGCAACAAGUCGUCCAAUGAGAUCGCGAGGGUCCACGAGCCCUUGACUCCACGGGGGGCUCGGCCGCACGAGGUGGCAAAGUAUGAGUUGGUCUACAGGGACUGGUCGCUGCUGCCUCGAGAUGAAGUCUUCUACUGGCGCCUGCCCGACUAUAUCUGCCCCCAGCAGGUGACGGCGUACGGAGGGAAGCUCCGUUACACGCUCUCCUACUCCGCCGGACCCCAGGGCUCCCCCAUUCCUGAUGCUGACCUACACAUUAUCGGCAACGACAUCACACUGUCGGCGUACCACCAGGAGCAGCUGCAGCCCGGGGAGACGCGCACCUUCGAGAUCCCCCUGCGGGAGUCGUACUGGCAGCGGCUGGACGGGCAGCCCGCGACGCGCGAGCACCUGCUGAUGGCGCUAGCGGACGUGGACGCGAUUCUCGUGCGCGCCUCCUUCUCCACGGACACGACGAGCGCCAGCAUCGGCGACGUGUCGCUCGACACGGCGGUGCCGGGCGACACGGGCGGGGCGCGCGCGCUCCAGGUGGAGGAGUGCAGCUGCCCCGCCGCCUACACCGGCCUCUCCUGCCAGGACUGCGCUCCGGGCUACACGCGCACGGGCGGAGGCCUCUACCUAGGCCUCUGUGAGAUGUGUGACUGCAACGGCCACACGGACAGCUGUGACCCGGAGACGGCGUCAUGCUCUAGCUGCCAGCACCACACGACGGGCAGCUCGUGUGAGCGUUGCGAGCCCGGUUACUACGGCGACGCCACCCAGGGUACCCCUGAGGACUGCCAACCCUGCGCCUGCCCGCUCAGUAGCCACGGCAACCAGUUCUCCCCGAGCUGUGAGGGAACCCCUGACGGGGGCUACCGCUGCACCGCGUGCCAGCCUGGGUACACGGGGCGCUACUGCGAUCAGUGCGCGCCCGGUUACCUGGGCAACCCCCGAACCCCGGGACAGCGGUGCGUCCUGGCAGACCGGACUCCGCUCUUGAUAAGGAUCGUGCCGGAUCGCAUCGUCGUGGCGACGGGAGAUGGAGUCACCCUGCGUUGCCAGGCAACCGGGGCCUCUCCUGUUCGGUACGACUGGGCCCGCGCCGAUGGGCAGGCCAUCUCUGAAAGGGGGCAGAUGAGACUGCAAGGCCAGGAGCUGUCGUUCCAGGACGUGCAGGCGUCGGAUGGCGGGGUCUACGUGUGCACGUGCCAGAGCCACACGGGCAGUAACUCCAGCCAGGCCACCAUCACCGUCACCGCACGCACGCGCCGGCCGAUCACGGUGCGAGUGGAGGAGCCGAUCGUGCGCGUCGUGCGGCCGGGAGGAACGGUCACCUUCAUCUGCACGGCCGUGAGCACGCUGCCCGCGUACACGCUGGUGUGGACGCGCGACAGCGACGGGAUGCUGCCCGCGCACGCCCAGGACUUCAACGGCAUCCUCACCAUCGUGGGCGCCCGCAGCACCGACGCCGGAUCCUACACCUGCACCGGCUCCAACAUGCUGGACAUGGACACGGGACGCGCGCUGCUGCACGUGGAAGUGAGCGCCGUGUCGCCCCCCCUUGUGGUGGUGGAGCCGGCGUCCCUGACGGUCGGGGUCGGGGAGAAGGCCGAGUUCAGGUGCUCGGCUUCGGGGAACCCGCAGCCCGUCGUGGAGUGGACGGGAGGCCCGGGCGGCUCCAUGGCGCUGGCCCCCGGGGUACGUGUGCUCGGCCCCAUGCUCACGAUCCCCGCGGCCCAGCGCGCCCACGAGGCCGAGUACGCGUGCCGCGCGCACAGCGCCGGCGGGCAAGCCGAGGGCCGCGCGGUGCUCUACGUCCGAGGCACGGGUAGCCCCCCUGUGGUGGAGGUGCACCCGUCGCACCUGGAGGCCGUCGAGGGAGAGAACGUGAAGCUCUACUGCCGCGCCACCGGGGACCCCAAGCCCACGCUGACCUGGCGCCGGCAGGACGGGGCCCUCCCCGCCGAGGUGCUGCCCUUUAGGGGGUUCAUCCCCGUGGGUAGGCGUGACAGUCUAGCUCACGUUCACCUCCUGCACCGUGAGAACCAGGCACUGACGGAGGUGACGGGCGUGGGGACGCUGGUGCUGCCGGCGGUGCGCGCGUCCCACGCCGGCGCGUACGUUUGCGUGGCGUCCAGCGCGGCCGGGGCGGCCGAGGCGAGGAUAGAGCUGGCCGUGCGGCCCGGUGGGGCGGUGCCGCUGCUGCCCCCCCCCGGCCCCCCACCCACGACGUCGCCCGGGCGCCGCCUCCCCGUGGUGCAGAUCGACCCCCCCUCCGCGACGGUGCCGCUGGGGGGCUCGGUGGCGCUGCGCUGCGCGGCGCACGGGGGCACGGAGGCACGCGUGUCGUGGGAGAGGGCGCACGGCCAGCUAGCCAGCAACCAGCGGGUGUCUGGCAGCGUGCUGCACAUCGUGGGGGCCUCCGCGGAGGACGCGGGCGACUUCACUUGCACGGCGCUCGACCCCCACGGGCGGCCCCUCGCCUCCUCCACCGUCGCCGUCGCCGUGUCACACACCGGCGGGCCCGGCUCCUCCGUGGAGCAGUCCAGACGCGAGGAGAUCCCGCGGGUGAAGGUGCAGCCUUCGAGCCGCGUCACGGUGCAGCACAACGACAACGUGCAGUUCUCCUGCCAGGUGCAGGGCGGAGCGCAGCCAAUCAGCGUCGAGUGGAGAACGACCAACGAGCAGCCCUUCCCGGAGAACGUGCAGGUGAGCGGCUCGGAGCUGCGUGUGGUGCGGGCCCAGCACGCCAACCAGGGCACCUUCCUGUGCCACGCGGCCAACGCCUACGGCGUCACCAGCAGCACCGCCACCCUCGUCGUGCAGGGUCCCCCGAGCAUCGCCAUCACCCCCAAGGGUGGUCCGGUGCGCGUGCGCCUGGGCGCCUCGCUCACCCUGGAGUGCUCCGGCAUGGGCCACCCGCGGCCCUCCGUGCACUGGAGGGUCGCCGACCUGCGCCCACACGGCCUGCCCCACGCGCCGCCCACGGAGGGCAGCGCCCUGCUGCAGCUGACGUCAGUGCGUGCACGCGACGCGGGGACUUACGCCUGCGUCGCACGCAACGACAUCGGCUCCACGGAGCAGCACGUGGAGGUGGUGGUGGAGGGCCCGGGCGGGGAGGGCCCACCGCUCAUCUCCUUGCCGGAGCCCUCGCUCGUCGUCAUCGCCGGCGGCACCGCCACGCUGCGCUGCACAGUCACCGGCUCCGGCUCUCCCGUCAUCACGUGGUCCAAGCUGCGCUCGCCGUUGCCGUGGCAACACAGCGUGGAGGGCGGCGUGCUGACGAUCCCCCACGUGGGGCAGCAGGACAGCGGCGCGUACAUCUGCAACGCGACGAGUCGGCAUGGCAACGCCGAGGCCUACGUCUCGCUGGAGGUGGAGGUGCCCCCCUACGCGACGUGCUUCCCCGCGCGCGUGGAGGUGCGGGAGGGCGAGCGGCUGCGCGUGCAGUGCGUGGCGCACGGCACGCCGCCCCUGCGGCUGGAGUGGUCCCGCGACGGCGGCCCGCUGGCCCCGCACGCGCGCGCGGGCCGCGACGGCGUGCUGCUCGUGGAGCGGGCCGGCCCCGGCGACGCCGGCGUGUACCGCGUGCGCGUCACGAACCGUGCCGGCGCCGGGGAGGCCUCCGCCACCGUGGUCGUCCGCGGCGCCUCGCCCGUCGUCCCGGCGGCCCCGGCGGCCCCGGCGGUGAAGGUGACGCCGAGCGAGGCCGUCAAGGCCCCCGGUUCCGUGGCGGAGUUCUCGUGCCGCGCCGCCGGAGAGCCCGGCCCCGCCGUGGAGUGGACGCGGCGGGGCGGCGCCGCCCUGCCGGCCCGGCACACCGUGUCGCACGGCACGCUCCGGCUGGAGGACCUGCGCAAGGAGGACGAGGGGGAGUACGUGUGCCGAGCCCGGAACGCAGGCGGGGAGGGGCACGACUCCGCACGACUCUCCGUGCACGGGGGAUCUUCGUCCGCGGCGCUGCCGGUGGUGAGCAUCUCGGUGCGCACCGCGGCGCAGACCGUGGCGGUGGGCGCCCGCGUGGAGUUCGACUGCCAUGCGCCCGGCGAGCCGCUGCCCGCGGUGCGCUGGGACCGCGUGGACGCGGCGCUGCCCCCGCACGCCGUGCUCGCCGGGGGGCUGCUCGUGCUGGAGACGGCGCGACCCUCGGACGCCGGCAUCUACCGCUGCACGGCCACCAACGCCGCCGGCUCCGUGGAGUCGCGCGUGCAGCUCUACGUGCAGGUGGAGCCCCAGAUCUCGGUGAUGCCGAGAUCACGUGUGAUAGCGCCGGGAGGGACGGCGUCGUUCACGUGCCACGCGGCCGGACUGCCAGCGCCACAACUCUCCUGGAACAAGGUGGACGGGCCGCCCCCGAGCGACUUCUCGGUGGAGCGCGGCGUGCUGACGAUCCGCCACGUGGGGCGCGACGACGGCGGCACCUACGCCUGCCGCGGGGACAACGGCCGCGGCGCCACCGUGGCGCAGGCCGUGCUCGUCGUGCGCGAGGUUCUCCGUCCGUACUUCCCCCCGGGAGCCGGAGCCUACGUGAGUCUCCCCGCCAUGAAGGGCGCCUACAAGCGCUUCGAGGCCAGGGUCACGUUCCGGCCAGACACAGCCGAUGCUUUGAUUUUCUUCCACGGUUUGGUGCUCUACAAUGGGCAGAAGCAGGGCAGCGGUGUGGACUUCCUCUCGUUCGGCCUGGUCGGGGGGCGGCCCGAGUUCAGGUUUGACGUGGGCUCAGGCAUGGCGGUGAUCCGCUACCCGAUGCCUCUGGAGCUGGGCGAGUACCACACGGUGACGCUGAGGCGCAACCUCACCGAGGGGUCGCUCACCGUCAACAACGAGGCGCCCGUCGUCGGAUCAUCGCAGGGCAAGUUCCAGGGCUUGGAUCUGAACGAGGAGAUGUACGUCGGCGGCGUCCCCAGCUUCAGCCGCGUCACGCGCAUCACCGGAAUCAAGACCGGAUUCACCGGCUGCGUGCGUGAGAUGGAGCUCCAGGGCGAGCAGGUGAACUUCCUGACGCAGCCGAUCAAGUCGGUGGCCGUGCGGGACUGCCCCACCUGCCAGGACGGCCCGUGCCAGAACGAGGGCGUGUGCCACCCGUCGGAGGAGGGAGGCUACGAGUGUGAGUGCCCGCCGGGCUACACGGGCACCAACUGCGAGCUACCGGUGGCCUCGUCGUGCCACCCAGGCUCGUGCUCCGACGACGCGACGUGCGUGAGCAGCGAGGAGGGGCCCGGCUUCACCUGCCGCUGCCACCUGGGCAAGUCUGGGGAGACCUGCAUGCAAGGGGAGCUGAUCACGGUGCCGUCGUUCUCGGGCGCGUCGUUCGUGUCGCUGCCGCCGCUGAGCAACGUGCAGAAGCAGCUGACGCUCUCGCUGGAGUUCCGCCCGCUGCAGCUCGACGGGCUGCUGCUCUACAGCGGAGCGCGGCGCGGCAUCCACGACGACUUCGUGUCCGUGGCGCUCGCGAACGGACACGCCGAGCUGCGCUACCACCUGGGUUCCGGCACGGCGGUGCUGCGCAGCCCCGAGCGGGUGCAGGUGGGCCGCUGGCACCGGCUCGCGGCGGAGCGCGUGGAGCGCGAGGGCUGGCUCCGGCUGGACGAGGGCCGCCAGGUGAGCGCUCGCUCCCCCGGGCGCUCCCAGGGGCUCAACCUGCGCUCGCCCCUCUACCUGGGCGGGGUGCCGUCUGGCGGGACGCUGCACGCGCACGCAAACGUCUCCGGCGGCCUGCACGGGUGCAUCGCGGAGGUGCUGGUGAACGGGAAGCGCCUGGACGUGAGCUACUCGUUUGUGGCGUCGCGCGCCGUCGAGCCGUGCCGCGGCGGCGGCGCCGCCAGCGCGUGCGACCACCGCAACCCGUGCCGCCACGGGGGCUCGUGCGUGCCGCUCGGGGAGUACGAGGUGCAGUGCGUCUGCACCGACGGAUACCAGGGCGAGCGCUGUGAGGAGCGGCGGAGCGGCUGCUCCCGCGCCGUGGGCUGCAUGAACGGCGGCACGUGCGUGGGCACGCGCUGCGUGUGCCCCAUGGGUUACCACGGCGAUGACUGUCACCACGCGUCGGUGAUCCAACAUGCGGCCAGCUUCGCGGGCGACGGGUACAUCGCCCUGCCGGAGAAGAUGUUUGUGAGGAGCAUGCACAAACACCCGGAGACCAUGCAGCUGGAGGUGAAGACGCUCUCCCCGGAGGGGCUGCUCGUCUGGCAGGGAGUGGCAGCAAACGAGGUCGGGGAACGCACGCGGCUCGCCAAGCGCGAGGAGGCAGGAGAGAACGGCAAGGGGAAGGACUUUGUGAGUCUUGGCCUCAGGGACGGACGCCUGGUGUUCAGCUACCAGCUGGGCAGCGGAGAGGCGAGCAUCACGUCACGAACGAAGAUCAACGAUGGGCGGUGGCACAACGUGACGGCCGUGAGGGAGGGCCGUCUGGGCUGGCUGCGCGUCGACCACGGCGCCCCCGUGCGGGGGCAGUCGGGCGGCACGAUGCUCAAGGCCGACGUCAAGGGCAGCGUCUUCCUGGGAGGUGCCCCGGACACGGAGACCCUCACGGGGGGCCACUUCUCGUCAGGGCUCCGCGGCUGCAUGAGGAACGUCGUCCUCGCCAACGAGGCCGUGGCGGGGGGGGGCGCCCCCCCACACCGCGGCCCCCGACCCCCCAUCGACCUGGCCGUGCACGCGGAGGGAGGCCUCAACGCGGUGGCGUGCGACGACGAAUGAGCGCCCGCCCGCCCGCCCGCCCUGGCAACCCUCCACCGCCACACCGGGGCACACCCCGGCCACAACUUCCCACGCACGCACGCGCAGUCGGCAAUGCCCUACCCACACACUCACGCGGCCGACCACGCACGCCGCCGUCGCACCGAGCGACACUCCCAGAGUCACCGACGUACACCGGGCACGCGAGCGUCACCCCAACCGGCCGCGGCCAACGCAUUUGGGGUCUACUCCAGGCAAGGGAGCGGCCACGCACGCAAGCACGGUCCGGUUGAAGCCUCCCGCGCUGGGGCAAGUGCUGUUAGCGAGCGCCUGUGAAGGCCGGCACGUCGCAUGCAUGGGGGUGGGUGGCCAGCACCACGCCCGGCCGCCUUUGUCUGCCCAGUGCCGAUGUUUUUACGCACCGCACCAGCGACUCAUUUCAGGCUGAGGCCUACCUAGGGCAGGCCCAGGGACCGGUUUAAACAUUCGCCACCAUCAAUUGGUCGUGAGCCGAGAUCGAAGUGGCCGUGUUUGUGACCCAGCGCGAUAACCAGCUACACUUCCGCAGAACAAACACACGCGGACACCCAGUGUCACGGUCACACCGUGACACACG